CUAGGCCCGGAGGCGGUGUGGCUGGGGCGGUGCGGGGAGGGCUGUGCGGAUUGCUUUCCGCAGCCGCGUCUCCGCCCACUCCCCUCGCCGUCUCUGGGGCGUAGGACGUCUACCAGUCGGGGACCGAAGCCGCUGGCCGCAGCGGGCGUCCGGAUCCGCGUCCCGCCUCAGUGCCCGGAGGACAUGCGGGAGAGAGAAUGAGCCAGAGGGACACGCUGGUGCAUCUGUUUGCCGGGGGAUGUGGUGGUACAGUGGGAGCUAUUCUGACAUGUCCACUGGAAGUUGUAAAAACACGGCUGCAGUCAUCUUCUGUGACACUUUAUAUAUCUGAAGUUCAGCUGAACACCAUGGCUGGAGCCAGUGUCAACCGAGUAGUGUCUCCUGGACCUCUCCAUUGCUUAAAAAUGAUCUUGGAAAAAGAAGGGCCUCGUUCCUUAUUUAGAGGAUUAGGCCCCAAUUUAGUGGGGGUGGCUCCUUCCAGAGCAAUAUACUUUGCUGCUUACUCAAACUGCAAGGAAAAGUUGAACGAUGUAUUUGAUCCUGAUUCUACCCAGGUACACAUGAUUUCAGCUGCAAUGGCAGGUUUUACUGCAAUCACAGCAACCAACCCCAUUUGGCUUAUAAAGACUCGGUUACAGCUUGACGCAAGGAACCGUGGGGAAAAGCGAAUGGGCGCUUUUGAAUGUGUCCGUAAAGUGUAUCAGACAGAUGGACCUAGAGGAUUUUAUAGGGGCAUGUCUGCUUCAUAUGCUGGCAUAUCUGAGACUGUUAUCCAUUUUGUUAUUUAUGAAAGUAUAAAGCAAAAACUACUGGGAUAUAAGGCUGCUUCUACAAUGGAAAAUGAUGAAGAGUCUGUGAAAGAAGCAUCAGAUUUUGUGGGAAUGAUGCUAGCUGCUGCCACCUCAAAAACUUGUGCCACAACUAUAGCAUAUCCACAUGAAGUUGUAAGAACAAGACUACGUGAAGAGGGAACAAAAUACAGAUCUUUUUUUCAGACAGUGUCUUUGGUUGUUCAAGAAGAAGGGUAUGGAUCUCUUUACCGUGGUUUAACAACUCAUCUCGUGAGACAGAUUCCAAACACAGCCAUUAUGAUGGCCACCUAUGAACUGGUGGUCUACCUACUCAACGGAUAGCAGCAGAGUGCUGCCGUGCUACGAAGAGGGAAGACCAAAAGAUUACAGUGGACCACGGAAUAUUGAAGCCAGCAUGGCAGACAAAAGAAAAAUAGUUUGGGAACACGCAACUAUGCCUAAGUGGAAGUUUGGUUGUAAGAAUUAAAGUAAUCACACCACAUUACUUGACCUUUCAGUAAUGUGAAAAAAACCUCGGCUGCCUCCAAGGAAAUGCCUUUAGAAGCACUCCUUUUUCAAAAUUGCCAUUUUCUCUACUGUGUCCUUCAGACAUACCUGUGUUUUGUUUAUUUAUGGCAGUCAGAGUAUACUGUUGUUUAUGCCAUGAGUACCUUUCCAGUCUUCUAAACAAAGCCAUCCAUAAUUAUAUACCGUACUGUAACUAUCCAAAGAUAGUAUAGACAGUCAUAAAUUUCUGACUUUGGCUUUGGUUUAAUUCCUAGAAAAUUGUAAAAGAACAACAGUAAUAGGGGAUCCUCAGUAUUAUUUUCACAUUUCCCUGAGAGGACCUGGCACAAUAUUUUAAAUUUAAUUAUUUGGCAUUAGUAGUCACUGUUUUUGACAACCAAUGAAAUAGUAUCUGAAUAUCUUGUAUAAUUUUAGCAUCAAAAUGUUUUGGUUUCUACUACUAACAGAUGCUUGAUGUUUAGCAUAAUGUGAAUAUUUAAAUGUUAACAUAUCAAACUCACAUGGUAAUAGUUUGGAACAAAAUAAACUAGUAAAAUGAUUCUUGACCAUUUCAGUGACUUAAGCAUGUCCUCAUAUCUUCUCUAAUUUUGUGAUACAUGAAUGAAUGCAAUUGUCUUUUCAGUGAUUUGCUAGUUAUGAAUUUGAAUUAUCACCUAUUUAACAUGUCUAGGUAUUACUUAAAGUGGGAAAGAUUUCCCACUUCAGAAUCUUUUUUACUUGCUUUCACAUGGAGAAUUUGAAUCUUUGAAUUAUUUCCGGGUCUGAAUAGAUAACAUUUAUUUAUUUUGUAGAGAAAAUGGUAAUUUUCAGCCCUUACAAACUUUUUUAAGGUGACAUUAAUAUUUAUAUCUGGGAUAGUAUAAAUAUUAUAGAAGAGGGGCCCUCUGCUAUCUGACUCAGCAGGUAGUGAUCUUAAUUGACCUUAUAGUUUUGUAAAUGAACAAACUGCUUUUGACAAGAAAUUUAUUCUGUUCUAGUUUCCUGAGUGGAAAAUCAUAGAUUCAAGUUAAUUUAGGUUAAAUGUGCUAACAGGAUAUAGCUUUUAAAUUUUGCUAUUGAGUCAGUUGCACCUUUUAAUACUUUAAAUGUAUUAUAUAUAUAUAUAUGCCCGUGUGAAGAUGUUUGCUCUAAUUCUGUUAAGAGACUUUACCUAUGGAUGUUGCUAUACUGGUUUAUAAAACUUCUCCAAUUAAACUCCAAUGUGGUACUCAUUUCAGUAUACCUGAACUGUACAUUUUGUGCAAUGGCUUUAACUUAAAAAUGACUCUUUGUGAAUGCACUUUGUGGCCUUUUGGGGGGGAUAAGAUAGUAGGAGAGAAUUUCAUGUUAAGAUUAAAAAAAAAAAAUUGGUUAUGUAUUAGGCAGAAACAGUGUUCAUAACAUUUUUCCAGGUUUAACUAUGUUGUUUUGAGAUCUUUAAUAUAAAUGUUUUAAGUAUUCUGUGUACCUUGUAGUGCUCCCAACAUUAUAGAAAAUUGCAGCAUGUCAUUGCAAGCUUUCUCUGCUGUCACCGGUUAAACACAGUGCCCUUUUGAAUCCCCACACCUUAGUUUCCUUCUGAUCAACUGGAUGUUUUUGAGGUGCUCUGUUGGAAUUAAAAAUAUUCCAAUCUAUUUGGAGACCAAAGGCAAAUUCAGUUUUCUUAUCUUCGGAAUUAGUAAUACCUUUUAUGAUAAAUUUCAUCUUUGACAAUGUGAGGAACAUAUAAAAAAAUAGGGAUUUCUAACUUAAAUCUGUAGAGGUCUCAGUCUGUGGUGUUUUCCUUUUCAGGUGCCAUUUAUACUGCCUAAUACAAUGCCAUCUGCCUUGUGAAGAUCCAUAAACAUUAGCUGUGUUGAAUGUAGGGCAGACUCUCCCUGUUCUUACUGAUCUCAGUACCCCACAAAUAUAAGAAUGUUAUGAAAACCAGCAGCUAAGAAACAUCUUUUUAGUUGUAGAAAAUUCAUAACAAGUGUCCUUCAAGGAUUAACAUGUAUUCUAUUUCUGUUUGUAUUUAGUAAGUAAAACUUACGUGGACCUUCAGCGCAUUAUAUUCAGCUUUUAAAAGUGAAUAGUGUGUGUUUAUUUGUGCAACAACUGGAAUGGAGCAGUGCAGUUUAUCUUAACUGUGUUUCCCCUGAGCACAGUCUGCUGUCGUUUACCUUAUGUAUGACAGAGAUAAUACAAAAAUGAAAACUAUAUAUAAAAUUGUCUCUGAAAUAUUUCUUUUUUAAUUCAAAUGUUUAAAAAGAAAAAUGCAUAUUCAGCAUUGCGCUUUUUUAAAAACUAUGUUUUGUUUUUAUCUGUUUUCUGUCAGACAGCUUCUUUUAAUUUCUUGUAUGGAAGUAGUCGUCACUCCAGAUUGGUAGGUAUUUUUAUUAUAGAAUCUUGUCAGAAAAUUAUUGAACUUAUUCACAUUAAAGCAGUAGAUGCUGUAAGAGCAUGCUCAUAGAGCAGCAAAUAGAAAUCUACCGGUGACUCAUACAAACCGUUCCCUAAAUUUCAAAGUCCAAAUCUGAGAAUUACCAACCCUGUGAUUGUAGGAUACCAUAUAGUGUUUCCAAUUUUAGGAAAUAAACUAUCGUCAAAGUUCUGUCUUGAUUCUCAUUAUGUAAGUUUGCAGAACCAACCUCACUAGAUGGGGCCCACACUUGAUUUAUUUGUAACUUCAGAACCAUGGUAGCAUAUCAUUAGAUUAUUUCAUCUCCAAGCUUUUUAUCUCCAAAAACCUAAUGCCCUCUGCAGAAUAGUGUGUUAGGACCAGCAGACUUUGGGCUGUGAAAAAAUAAUGAAUGUUUACUCUUCUACUAAAGUAUAAGCAUUUCAGCAUUUUAAUAUUUGUUUUAAAUCACUAAAAAUAUUGGUUUGAAUGUGAGGGAUUUCAGUGCUAGACAUCAAUGUAACCUUUACUUUUCCAGAAUCUCUCUUGCCUAUCUUCUGCUGUUUCCGCUCUUCUGCCCAGACCGUAAAGCUGUGGGCCCCUUUUGGGUGGAUAAAUACAGUUCUGCCUUUUUCUCCUUUAAUAAUGAUCAUGACUUUAACAUUCCUAAGAAUAUAGAAAUUUCUGAAUGAUUUAAUUUUAAUAUAUAAAAUACAGUGUACUAUCUGCCCACUCAAAUCUCUUCUCCAUCAUACCCUCGUAUUUCCCACUAAUCUAUACACUGAUUUUUGUUACUCCUUUCAGAAACGGAAAAUCCUAGUUUCACUCAGUUUCUGUCUAAAUAAAUUUUUUGAAUGUGUACCCCUGUGUGUGUGAACGAUUACGACCUGUCAGUCAUAGGUUAAUACUUUUGACCAUUUGUGUGGUUUGCUAUUCUUGCAUUUAUGUACAUGACUGUAAAUUACGUGCAUUUACUCUGUAUUUAUGUUAACUAGCUGACUUGAAUUGCUGAAAUUUAAAAAAAUUAAAAUAUGCUUAUGAAAAUGUGGGGUUUUUCUGUAAUGUAUCUUAUUUUAGCAUGGUGAGGAUAUAGUCACUUUCUUAGGGUUAUCCUAUGUGUAGAACAAAAGUGCGUUACUAUUUUCAAGUAAAAUGUUAAGCUCAUUUAUUGAUUCAAUUAGCAAACCUUUUUUUGAGUACUUCCUAUCUGCUAGACCUGGUGAUAUCUCCAGGAAUCAAAAGGUCAAAUAAUCUAACUCCUUCAUAGUUUAAUAAGAAAUAUCUGUCCCUGCAUAUUUUCCACAGGUUUAUUGAUCUUUUAAGCUUCUCAUGUAUCAAAGUAAAUCUGGUUUGCAGAGAACUUUUGAGAAAUUGUAGCCAAAUUGAUUAAACUAUUCGACUGAUAAAACCCUAGAUUGUAGUUUUUAACAUCAGCUUUUUUGUUUUAAUUUUGGUUUCUGGUGAAGUUAAGAAAUACAGAGCUGAGAACCAUUAGAAUAACCAAGUAAAUCCACCUUAGAUUGAAAUAGAAGUCAGACGUAAAGUGCUAUGUAUUACCUACCCACUUCACAUUUUGUCUUUUUUGUUUUGUUUUGUUUUUCUGAAUUAUAGCUAAUAUCAACAUUACUCAGUCUUGUAAGUAAGGAAACCAAGACAACUAAAUGUUUCAUAUUUCAGAGUUAACAAAGGUUUGUUCUACUAAAUGUUGUCUUUGCACUGAAGACACUGACAAAAUGGUUGAGUUUAGUGUGAUUUAGCUCAAGUGUCCCAAGUUUGAAUUGUGUGUGUGUUCAUUACUGAAUAUCAGGGGCUAUGACAGAGGGAUGAAUUUGCGAGUCUGAUUUCUUAAGGUUCAAGUGUGAGCUCUA